AUGUUGGAACUUCUAUCAAUAUCAUUUAUAUUUACAUCAUUAGCAAAAAUUGUUCUAAUUACUAUUACUAACUUGAUUCUUGGUUUUACAUGGUAUUCACCAAUAGGUUUUCAAAAACAAUGGAUCAAAGCAAUGCGAUGGAAUGAAGAGGAUGUAUGCAAAGCACAUGACGAAUGCAGUAGUAUACCGUAUAUUAUGUCAAAUUUAGGAGCUUUAUUAAGUUCUAUAUUGUUAAAUAUAUUAUUAACUGCAUUCAAUAUUCGAAAACAUCAAUACCUUAGUGCUAUGUUGGCUUCUCUUAUACUCUGUGGAUUUUAUGCUUUUAACGGUUGGAAUCGUGUAUUUUUUACAAAAAAAUCUGAUUACAAAUGUCAGCGUACAUUAUAUUUUAUUGAAAAUGGUUUGGUCUUUAUUCGUUAUGCUCUUAUAUCACUUGUAUUAGUUAGUUUUUAA